UAAUUACAGGAGAGCCAUGGAUAAAAGUGAGUUGGUACAGAAAGCCAAACUGGCUGAACAGGCUGAGCGUUACGAUGACAUGGCUGCUGCUAUGAAGGCUGUCACUGAGCAAGGACACGAACUGUCCAACGAAGAAAGGAAUCUACUCUCAGUUGCCUACAAGAAUGUCGUUGGUGCCCGUCGCUCGUCCUGGCGUGUAAUUUCCAGCAUUGAACAGAAAACAGAGAGGAAUGAGAAGAAACAGCAGAUGGGGAGAGAAUAUCGUGAGAAGAUUGAGGCUGAAUUGCAGGAUAUCUGCAAUGAUGUUCUGGAACUCCUGGAUAAAUACCUUAUUGUCAAUGCCACGCAGCCAGAAAGCAAGGUCUUCUAUUUGAAAAUGAAAGGUGAUUACUACAGAUACCUCUCAGAGGUGGCAUCUGGGGACAAUAAGCAAACAACAGUAGCGAACUCUCAGCAAGCUUACCAGGAGGCUUUUGAAAUUAGCAAGAAAGAGAUGCAGCCAACACACCCCAUUCGACUCGGUUUGGCUCUGAAUUUCUCUGUCUUCUACUAUGAGAUACUAAAUUCUCCCGAAAAGGCCUGUAAUCUGGCAAAGACGGCGUUUGAUGAAGCGAUAGCAGAGCUGGACACGCUGAACGAAGAGUCUUACAAGGACAGCACGCUGAUCAUGCAGCUGCUUAGGGACAACCUCACUCUAUGGACGUCGGAAAACCAGGGAGACGAAGGGGAUGCUGGGGAGGGCGAGAACUAAUGGCUGUCACGCUUCACUAUAUGUUCAAUGUCACCCUGUAUCCUACACAUACAUCCCUUUGUGCGACAAGCAAAAAGAAUAGUACAUCGACUUUCACAACCUCAACGUAGCAAAAACUGUCUGUGGGGUAAAAACAGUUGGUUGGUGUUUUGUGUACUUAAAGCGGAGGUCGGUUAUUACAAUGGCAUUCCGAACUUUCCUAUUAUGAACAUUUACAGUUACGAUUACCGUGUUUAUAUUUUUAACUGAACACUGUGAUUAUGGGUUUUGUGAUCGCAAUUGACUUUGCAAAACUCUUAUUGGGUAGAAAAGUAGACAUCAAUUAUGUAAACUCUGGCAAGCUUAAUUUGGCACCAAAAUAGUCGAAGUACAAUUCUGUUGUAAAGUUGUACAGAAAGUUAUAGAGAUUCUAUUGUGACACUGGGGCAUGGAAGGAAACCAGUCCGAUGUAUGGCAUUCCAGUUAGUAACACUGCUCCGAGUUAGCUUAACGGCCACACUCUGUAGACAUUUGUAACCAAGUCAGUCAAAAGCUCACUUUGUCAGUCCUGCCUUUCUGGGGAUGGGGUUUAUUUUGGGGAGGGGGGUAAUGGGAGAGUUAGCAGCUUGAUUUCCAAACUUUACACCGUCAGAUAACUGGGAUUUGACUUCUCAAAGUGCUUUCAUGCUCACACGACAUGCAUGACUAAGCCCCUUCCCACAGCAAUAACUUGCCUAAUUACACCUUAGCUAUUCUUCAGUAGUGAGAAGUCUUGGUUCACUCCCAUGGACUUAUAAUAGAAGAUUCAAUUUUCUGAAUGGCCUUAUUAGUUUGGAUGAUACCAUGAAGUGAUCUGCCACUUUUGCAUUACUUUACUCUUAGGUGAAUCGAAAUCUCCAUGGUAUUACCAUUUUGAAUUUGCCCUGAGAACUUAUUAAGUAAUCCACUGAGCCAUCUUUAAGUUCACUUUAUAGAAAUUUUUCUCCCAUUGGACUCUGCUCAUUCUUGACCCUCUCACCUGUUAAAAUUCCAUUAAAGCAAUUCUGGACUCCCACAUGUGCGUCAUCCUUUCUUUUUUUGAUUAUGGGUGGCGUCAGGAUGGUGUGGGAGACCUGAGCCCUCUCGAGGCCAGGUUUCUUUCUUGGAUGUUUAGAGCUGUCAGUGCUGUCACAGUCUUCAGCUCUUGUCUGCCUUUUUUUUUUAUUAUUUUUUUUAUUUUUGAUAGUACCAGCAUCUGGCUCAAAUAUUCAGGAUUUCCCGUUUCUGUCCUGGAAUGCAGACCUACACAUCUGUAAUGCUUGUAACUUGCAAUAUUUGAGCUUCAAAUGCCCUCACCUAAUUAUGUUUCAAACAUGUCCCAUUAAAUAAAACCUAACAAGAGUUGUGUGAAUAAUGCAGUGGAAAAGAGUCACCUGUCAGCCUCGCGGUAUCAUCCCCUGCCUUCACAUUCCACUUAGGUAUAGGAUCCAUCCGUUUAUCUGUCCAUCUGUCUGCUGAAGAGAAUUUCAUGCACUGAUUUUAAAACUCCCCUCUACUAGCUGAACAAAUUGUGCAGUUAAUACUUGGCGCUUGAUAAAUGCAGUAGUGAAUGUGGAACCGAGCCUGUCUGUAUAUCUGGUAGCUCUUUUCGCUUUGUUUUUACUGACCAGUAUUCUGCCUAAAGUUUGCUUCUGUGACGGUUAUAUUGCCUAGCACACACGUGGUUGUGAGAAUAGUAUAGCAAAAAGAAAUACCUGGUUAUUGAUGUACUAGAUUUGUGUAUGUCUUUUAAACAGUUCUAGUUUCACCUUACACGAAAUAAUCAGGAAAGUGUAAAAGAAUUCAAAAGUGAAUAAUAAAAAAAAUUUUAUCA